AUGGAUUUAAAUGUCAAGCUUGACAAUGUCACACCAACGAGCAAAGCGGAAUGCACAUGGAACGAAUCACCUGGAAUGCUGAAAGCAAAGAUACAAGUUCUGGAUUCCCAGGAAAAUGUCAUCAAAGACUCGGAGACUCCAGACUUGAAAUUAAACCUCUCAAGUCUCAAGCCUAACCAAACGUAUGAAGUAAAAAUUUGGCCUGGUGAUGGAAAAAUGUUCUUUGCUGAUAAUUGUGCAAGUUUAAAAUUUGAGACGGCUCCCAACCAACCAGACAAGGUGACUUGCACUCAGAACAAACAGGACAGAACCCAUUCUAUCGAUGUUACAAUUUAUUCUGAUUAUUCUGGGCCUUUCAUCGUCCAUGUGUUGGACUCUCGCCGGAAUAUAGCUAAAGAACCGAUAGAAACCAAUGACAAAAGCAUGACUGUAACCAACUUACAGGCUGGUGGGUCAUAUUUUAUCUAUGUCCAAUGUAAGUUUGGGGAUUAUCUUACGGCUAUGACACAUGGUAUGUAUUGCAAAUAAACGUUUGCUCUUUUGUACUCCUGAGAAAUGAAUCUAGUUUCUCUUGAACAUCUACCAAGAUGGCAGACACCGGAAUGUAGUAUGUGUACCCAGUUAGGGUCAGGCCUUAAUUUUAUUUUAAUUUUUCUUAUUUUAGUUCUAUUUCGAGAUCAG